AACAUUGAAGGCCCAGAUAUCAAGGGUGGAAAGAUUCACAUGCCCUCUAUAGAUAUCUCUCUGCCAGAAGGAGGAGCAGGAGGAGAUGUAGAUGUUCAAGGACAUGCAGGAAAAGGAGGAAAAUUUGAAAUGCCUAAAUUUGAUGUUUCCUUAUCUAAACUGAAACCAUCAGCAGGAGAAAUCAAUGUUGAAGGUCCCGAUAUCAAAGGUGGAAAGUUUCAUAUGCCCUCUAUAGAUAUCUCUCUGCCAAGAGGAGGAGCAGGGGGAGAUGUAGAUGUUCAAGGACAUACAGGAAAAGGAGGAAAAUUUGAACUUCCUAAACUUGAUGUUUCUUUGCCCAAAUUUAAACCAUCAGCAGGAGAAGUCAACAUUGAAGGCCCAGAUAUCAAGGGUGGAAAGAUUCACAUGCCCUCUAUAGAUAUCUCUCUGCCAAGAGGAGGAGCAGGGGGAGAUGUAGAUGUUCAAGGACAUACAGGAAAAGGAGGAAAAUUUGAACUUCCUAAACUUGAUGUUUCUUUGCCUAAAUUUAAACCAUCAGCAGGAGAAGUCAACAUUGAAGGCCCAGAUAUCAAGGGUGGAAAGUUUCACAUGCCCUCUAUAGAUAUUUCUCUGCCAGGAGGAGAAACAGGGGGAGAUGUAGAUGUUCAAGGACAUACAGGAAAAGGAGGAAAAUUUGAAAUGCCUAAAUUUGAUGUUUCUUUGCCUAAAUUCAAACCAUCAGCAGGAGAAAUCAAUGUUGAAGGUCCCGAAAUGAAAGGUCGAAAGUUUCACAUGCCCACUAUAGAUAUUUCUCUGCCAGGAGGAGGAGCAGGAGGAGAUGUAGAUGUUGAAGGACCUGAUAUCCUCUUGCCAUUAUCUUUCUCUUCUUCAACGACGAAAUUCCAGAGUAGCCUGAGGGGAUCCACCUGGAUCACUUCCCUGACGGCGUACUUCCAGUUCUGGUGCAAUGCCCCGCUCUCUGCCCUGAUCUGCUACUGA